AUGUAAAAUUAAAAGAAUUAGAUUGGAAACUAAAAGUUAUUGAAGAAUCUUUUUGGGAAACGAGAAAUCAUAAUUGAAUCUUUGGAAUUUGAAGAACCACCUCUAGUUAAUUUGACUUAAAAAAUUAUAUAAAUUCUUUUUUAGAGCAAUUUGUGA